AGUUUUGUUUUAGUUAGUUUAGUAUGAAAAUCCCGGUUAUGAAGAAGAAGGUUGUUAUGAGAGAUCUGUUGCGGAUUUUUCUUCCUAACUAAUAACAAAGCUUCCACUGAAAUCGGGGGCCUAAUCUAUUUAAACAGAAGCCGCUAUUUCUGUUGAAUUACAAUCAAUUAAAUUAAUGAGUAUUGAAACUCCCUUGAGCAUGGACAACGACGGCGAAGAAAACUACCUCCUCAACCUCUCCCUCUGCACACCUCCUUCUCGGCCGGAAAAGUCGGUGGAAAUCGCGGCGCCGUACCCGUGGGCGACGGAGCGGCGCGCGACAGUCCAGAGCAUGGAGCAGCUGCGGGGCAAGGGCAUCGACACGAUCAGCGGCAGCGUGCAGUGCAAGCGGUGCGACAAGCAGUUCGAGGUGGAGUACGAGGUGGCGGGAAAGUUCAGGGAGGUGGCGCAGUUCAUCAUGGAGUACCGCGAGGAGAUGCGGCACCGCGCGCCGGCGGUGUGGAUGGCCCCGACGCUGCCGGACUGCAGAUUCUGCGAGCAGCGCAACUGCGCGAAGCCGGUGGCGUCGAAGAAGAAGAAGGACAUCAACUGGCUGUUCCUGUUUCUGGGGCAGAUGGUGGGGUGCUGCAAGCUGGCAGAGCUCAAGUAUUUCUGCAAGCAUACCAGGAAGCAUAGGACGGGGGCCAAAGAUAGGGUUUUGUAUCUCACUUACUUGGAGAUUUGUACCCAGCUUCAUCCGCACACUACUUUUCAUUAAUUUCAUUUCUAUGCUCUAAUAAAAUGCUGCUACCUACUAUUUUCAUAUUACAAUUUAACCACUUUCACUUUUUAAAUAACAACAUCGAUCUACUUUCAAUUCA